CGCCCCCUAGCGUCCGGGUCGCGCCGGCUCCUCCGCCUCGCCGCGGUGAAGGUGACAGCGGGAGGUGACCCGGCCGGCCCCCCGCGAUGCUGGCGGCGAGGCGACUGCUCGGCGGCUCGCUCCCCGCCCGGGUGUCUGUGCGUUGCAGCGGCGACACGGCAGCGCCCAAGAAAACCUCAUUUGGCUCACUGAAGGAUGAAGACCGCAUUUUCACCAACCUCUAUGGCCGCCAUGACUGGAGGCUGAAGGGAGCCCAGAGUCGGGGGGACUGGUACAAGACGAAGGAGAUCCUGCUCAAGGGGCCCGACUGGAUCCUGAGUGAGGUCAAGACGUCCGGCUUGCGGGGCCGUGGGGGCGCCGGCUUCCCCACCGGCCUCAAGUGGAGCUUCAUGAAUAAGCCCUCCGACGGCAGGCCCAAGUACCUGGUGGUGAAUGCGGACGAGGGGGAGCCCGGCACGUGCAAGGACCGGGAGAUCAUGCGCCACGACCCCCACAAGCUGGUGGAGGGCUGCCUCGUGGGGGGCCGGGCCAUGGGGGCUCGCGCCGCCUACAUCUACAUCCGCGGGGAGUUCUACAAUGAGGCCUCCAACCUGCAGGUGGCCAUCAGGGAGGCCUACAAGGCUGGUCUGAUCGGCAAGAACGCCUGCGGCUCUGGCUACGACUUUGACGUGUUUGUGGUGCGCGGGGCUGGGGCCUACAUCUGCGGCGAGGAGACGGCGCUGAUCGAGUCCAUCGAGGGCAAGCAGGGCAAGCCGCGCCUGAAGCCGCCCUUCCCCGCCGACGUGGGGGUGUUUGGCUGCCCCACCACCGUGGCCAAUGUGGAGACUGUGGCCGUGUCCCCCACCAUCUGCCGCCGUGGGGGCGCCUGGUUUGCCAGCUUUGGCCGUGAGCGCAACUCAGGGACCAAACUGUUCAACAUCUCGGGCCAUGUCAACCACCCCUGCACGGUGGAGGAGGAGAUGUCUGUGCCCCUCAAGGAGCUGAUCGAGAAGCACGCGGGCGGUGUCACAGGGGGCUGGGACAACCUCCUGGCCGUAAUCCCCGGCGGCUCGUCCACCCCGCUGAUCCCCAAGUCCGUGUGUGAGACGGUGCUGAUGGACUUUGAUGCGCUGGUGCAGGCGCAGACGGGCCUGGGCACGGCCGCCGUCAUCGUUAUGGAUCGCUCCACAGACGUCGUGAAGGCCAUUGCCCGCCUCAUCGAGUUCUACAAACACGAGAGCUGCGGCCAGUGCACCCCGUGCAGGGAGGGUGUGGACUGGAUGAACAAGGUCAUGGCGCGCUUUGUGAGGGGGGACGCCCGGCCGGCCGAGAUCGACUCCCUGUGGGAGAUCAGCAAGCAGAUCGAGGGCCACACCAUCUGUGCGCUGGGCGACGGGGCCGCCUGGCCCGUGCAGGGCCUGAUCCGCCACUUCCGGCCGGAGCUGGAGGAGCGCAUGCAGCGGUUCGCCCAGCAGCACCAGGCCCGGAGCGCUGCCUCCUAGGCCCUCGGGAGGCCUCAGCCAGGUCGGGCAAUAAAGUCGCUGCCGCCUGCUCCC